AUGAGUUUAUUAAACUUCAAUCCUGCUGUUAGGAGUGAAAUAACUACGUAUGCAAUCUAUUGUGUAAGGUAGUCCACGGUCAAAAAAAGUAUUGGCUACUCUUGGCUUAGUUGUUUAGGAUCUCUAUUAUCCAACUAGAGACGAGAUCUUAUUAUAGGGAGUCUAAUUUGAAGAUGUUGAUUAUUAUGUUGAAGCCAAAUUGUAGCAUAUGCGUGAUAGAGUCGAUAGAUUCUUAGAUUAUGUCAGAUAAGAAUAUUCCAAUUCUUAGGAAGAUCAUGAACGAAAUGUAACUUAUCAACUAUUUUCUAGUCUCAAUCUAGUCAAUUGUAAUUGAGUUAAUCUUUUAUGUAAAAGCAAGAGUAAAUUCUAAGAACAUUAUAAAACAAAUAGAAGAUUGAAAUAGAAAGAGAAAUAUAAACUGAAAUGAAAAUGGAAGAAAUGAAAAAGAAGAAUUAAUUAAAAGAAAAGCGAAUAGAAGAAUUAAGGAAAAUAUAAGAAGAAGAGUUUCAUCAAAGAAUGUAAGAGAAAGAAGAAAAAUUGAUAUUACGAGAAUAAAAACUUAAAUAGGCGAAAUUACAAGCGGACUUACAUAAUGAAGCUAUCAUGCGUAAAUUCUAAGAAGAGGAACUAAAGAUAUAAUAAAAAUAAGCAAAAUACGCUUUAAUGAAGCAAAUAGAGAAGGAAGAAAGGGAAAGAGAAAUCCAAGAAAAAAUGUAAAGAAGAGCUUAAAGAAUGUUUGAAUAAGAAUAACAAAUUUAGCAUGAAAAUGAGAUUAGAAAAAAAGAAUAUAAUUAGAAAUUAUAAAAUAUGGAAUAAAUGUUAGUAGAGAAGUAGUAAUAGAUUCGAUAAUACAAUUAAUUAAAAGAAGAAAGAGCUAGAGAGAAAUAUCAAAAUGCUUCAGCUUUGAAAUAAUUAGAAACUUAUUAGAUGGAACAAAGAAUACAUUCUAAAGAGAAAGAAAUAUAGAUGAGAAAUACUAUGUAAGAAUUCAAUAGACAAUAAUUGUUAAAAUAAAAAAGAAAUUAGGAAUAAUAAAAACAUCAAAUGAUGGAAUAAAAGAAAUUUUUAAUCAGUCAAGAAUUAAAUAAAAGAAACUAAGAUUAUUUUAGUUAAGAGAAAGAGAGAGAAUUAAAGAAAUCUAGAUUAGAGGAGUAAAAGAGAUUAAAAAGAGAUGAAAGCAGUCUUAUAUUAUAAUCUCAUAUGGAAGAAGUAUAAAUGGUACAUUAAUUAAAAUAUUAAUUAGAAAUAAAGAUAUUUAGAUAAAUAAACUGAAUUGGAGAAUUAAAGAAUUAUGGCUUAAAAAUAAUAAUAAUUUUUAAAUGCUGAAGAAUUGAGACAGAAAAACAUUAUAAAUAUGAAGAGAAAAUAUGUUUAAGAAUUAUUGAAAUUAGAAGAUGCUGCUUAGAAUUAUUAAAUUUAGAAAAGAAAAGAAUAAUAUAGAAAUGGAGUCUUAUUAGAUGUAUAAUAAUCUAUAAUGUUAGAAAUUUGAAGAAACUGAUAGAAGAUUGAAGCAAUAAUAGACUGAAUAUUUAAAAUUAUAAGAAACUAAAAAGUAGAUGGAAAUUACUAUCUAAAAUGAAAAAAUUAGAAUUUUAGCAGUAUUAAACUCUAAAUUUAUAUAGAGGAAUUCGAUAAAAAAAAAUAAUAAUAUGCUGAAGAAAGAAGUAGUCAACAGAUCAGUUAAAUUGUUAAAGUUAAUCCAACUGAUAGGAUUUUAUCAAAUAAACCUAUAAAAACUAAAAGUGCAACAAGUUUUCAUUUACCACCAGCAAAAGAAUAAUAAAAAGAAUAAAAAUUAGCUUCAGAAAAUAGAUCUACUAAUAAUAAAAGUAAAAAAACUUUAGAUGAAAAAUCUAUGUCAAUUACAUCAUAAAAGAAAAGACAUUACUUUAUUUCUGAAGAAACUAUGAAAGCUGUUUAAUUAUAUGCAAAUGGAGAGACACUGAAAUAAUUUUAGAUUGAAAUCCGUCCAAGUAAAAAGAAGAGAUGA